AUGGUUCAUACAUAUUGUGUAAAGUGCCAAGCUAAAACAAAUUCAGCAUCUGAGAAAUUGGAAACUACAGGAAAUGGACAAAAUCGGUUUAUUGGUAAAUGUGUUGUUUGUGGUACCAAUAAACAUACCUUUGUAUCUAAGGAUGGAUCGAUUAAAUUAAAGACUCCUGCUGAAGAAGCUAUUGCCAGAGAAAAAAAGGAAAAAGCUAAAGAACGAAAAAAAGCAUUGCAACUUGCUAAGAAGAUUAUAAAUAAUCAAAAAUCUUACUUUGCAUGCUUGAACUCCAACCUUCGAGCAAGUGCAUAUUUAUCUACAUUUCCUGGAUCUGCAUAA